UUGUUGCCCACUGCUUGCUGCUACUCUCUCUGUAGUUGCUCAGGUGUGCAAGAAAGAUACUCACACGCGAGCUUGCUUGGCAUGGCCGUGGAGGCGGUUCUCGAAGAGGCGGCGAUGAUACAGUCGCCGCAGAGCAAGAAGAUGGAGGCAUCUAGUAGCAGCGACGAGGCGUUCGAGGCGUUACAGCAGCACACGGAGGGGUGGUCGAAGAAGAAGCGCUCGAGGCGGCCACGGGCGCUCGAGCCCAGCGAGGAGGAGUACCUCGCGUUCUGCCUCGUCAUGCUGGCGCGCGGCCACCGCGACGCCGCGCCGGAGCACGGGUGCUCCGUCUGCGGCAAGGCGUUCGCGUCCUACCAGGCGCUCGGCGGCCACAAGGCCAGCCACCGGAAGCCACCCACAGCUCCAGCCGCGGCGGCAGCAAGCGCCGUCCCCGAGGAGGACAAGCCACGGGCGGCUGCCUCGUCCUCGUCUGGGUCCGGCGAUGCCGCUGGCGGCGGCAAGGUCCACGAGUGCAACGUGUGCCAGAAGACGUUCCCUACUGGGCAGGCGCUGGGCGGCCACAAGCGGUGCCACUACGACGGCACCAUCGGCAGCGCCGCCGCGCCCACGGUGAAGGCUGCCAAGGCCGCCGCCGCGGCGAGCGCGCCGACGGCGACGAACCGGGGGUUCGACCUGAACGUGCCGGCGCUGCCGGGACUCGCGGAGGAGGGGGACGAGGUGCUCAGCCCGGUCUCCUUCAAGAAGCCGAGGCUCAUGAUCACCGCGUGAUUUGACCAUACAAUCUGCAUAUACUUGGUCAAAAUCAAGGGUUCUUCUGUAGCUUAGCUUCUGUUCAUUAUCGAAAAAAAGCUUAGCUUCUGUUAGUGAUUGCUGUACAUAGAUUGUUAGUGAUUGAUUAGUUUGCGACUUUGUGUACAAAACAUAGGAAGUGUAGUUGACGACUCCAUUCGUUUGUUCAUCUGUACCAUAUUCCAGAUUAAUUAGCUCUAGAUAGUACA